AAGCAAUGAUCACCCCAAGUGUAACAAUCCCGGAUGAAGGGGGAAGCCGUGAACAUUCAUAGGCAUGCGGCAGCAUGGCUGCUGCAUGCCUAUGAAUACCGCAGCCCCUUGUGCAACAACUACCCUUUUCUGCUCUUUUGUCUCUGAUGAUGGAUUCGAGUAGGAAUCCGAAACGUCAGGCUAAUAAAGCUCUUGUCCCGGCGAUCGUGGCUCCUUUUUCAAGACUAGACAUCUUGCUUGAAUAACGCUGCUUAUACUGGAUUUAUAUUUUAAAUCCUCCCUGUAGUUACCUCCACAUUCCAGCGGGGCCACACUAUUGGCAACUUCAAGCUCUUAUUCUAUCUUUUAAGGCAAAGAUUGGAACUUGGCUGACAGGACUGCCGUAUUUUGGUUUGAUCACUCACGUAAAUUGAAUCGCUUGUUUUGUGGACAAUCCGUCCUCCCGAAUCCGACUGGUGACUGGUUUUUCAGGCACCGAGGCUUCUGGCCUAUAGCACCCCAACAGAAUGCCACGGCCACUACAUUAUGUCGCACGACUCCUUGACUACGAAAAGGCGAACUCGUGCGCAAAAUAUGAGGUAGCGUAUACCGCCCCUAGGAUUGUGCAAAAUGUCUUAUUGUGGGGCAACUUUGAUAAAAGCUGAAAAUUUUGUUGGAGUACGUUUCCUGUGAAAUGCACGCAUUUAUCCCCUAACUACUGAAAAAAAUAGACGUUACCUUCAUAGUUUCCGAACACUCUAUGAGAAAACCACGCAAACUUUCAUGCGUAUUUUGCCUACCAUCUGAUACAGUAAGCUAAAUAACUAAGCAGGAUUUUCUAAAUAAUCCAUGUAUAAUCCACCAGAUAAUAGGCCCAGGUAAUUACCAGGUGUUUUGGGAGAUUUUAAAUAAUUCAUUUUGACCAAACUGCGACAACCUCGGCGGCCUCGGUGGGAUUUGAACCCACGGCAGCAAGGGGCCCUGUAGCUCAGGUGGAUAGAACGUUGGCUGUACUAAAUUCCUCCCGUCGCUCUCGAGGGUUCAAAUUCCACCGAUAUCGCCGAAUUUUUUACAGUUAGGCCAAAAUGAAUUAUUUAAAAUCUGCAAAAAUGCCUAUUGGCUAUCAUAAUUAUUUACUAAAAUUCAGGCAACGAUCCCCCACAGGGGCAUGCGUUAACAUAUUAAUAAUUUUUUUCGCAGAAAUAGCUCUCGGAAAGCCGCCAGGGAUUCUAACAUGACAUCGUGCAUUGAUAUCUCUGCCGUUUGCAAAUACUGCAUCUCCAUCUUGAUCUGAAAUCAGUGGGUCCUUACUCAGUUUGGGCUUUUUCUUUUUCACUACCUGCACCUCACCACCAGCAGGAAUGCUUAUUGAGGUAAUUUUCAGGUUUAUGAAAGCCUCGUACGCCCUUGGUUCAAAAAACUGGGUUGUUUUUUCAAAAUUAGUAACUAUUUGGAAUCCUUUCCUUUUCAAAUACAUUAUCUCUGAUAGACCUCCUCUUGCAGGGAUCCUGCGUCGCAGACGUACCUGUUUGUUAUAUUCUUGUGUCUUUUUUAGAUAAACAGAAGUCCAUCCCCCAUGCACUCUCCUCUUUCUGCUCGGAAGCUAGCUAUCACCCUAGCACCGCCGGACCUGAACUCACACGGACAACUUUCGGACCUGCCUCCUAUCGCUCGGCCAGUUGCAACGAACUUCCCCACCAAAGCAGUCCUUGCAACCGCUACCCGCGGAACAGACCUUCCGCGCUCAACCCAGAGCCUAGUCUUCGGGGCUCCAUAACAGCUGUGGCGACAGGUGGUGGCGACGGCGAUCUGGGGCGUCCUCCUCACCCACAGAUCAUGCGGGCUGCACUCUCUGGUGGCGUCAGCGGAUCGCCAAACUCUUUUUCGCGUCGACGAAUUUGCUCCGCUUCCAGUUUUCGGCGCAAUCUGACAAAAGCGCGGAAUAUGGAGACCGCCUCUGGGUCCAGUUCCAAGAUGGGUGGAUGGGACUUUCUCUUGAAAUCGCCCCGGGUAUGUACCAGCCACUUACUCCUCUCCCGCCUUCACCAUUGAUCGUGGUCAGCGUUUUAUUAUGCCAUAGGCAGUCGAAUGCGGACUUUACGAGAAGCUGUUAAGCAGAAGCCACUGCUUAGGGAAAUUUGUGAAUUAGUUUUCCGAAAAGUGGCGUUUUUAUCUCCUGUUACAGGUAGCGAACAGGAGGGUUUCCUCAUCCACUUAUUGAGCAUCCACUCUAUCGCAUGUUAUUCAUUUGUGGUAUCCUGUUCAUCAACAGCAUUAAAGAAACCCACGUGGCCACGACCGAUUUUCGGCACUAGUAGUUCUUUAUUCAAUGGCGAGAUUUUAUGCAUGCGGCCUUGUAUUCGAGCACUUGCCUUGCAAGCGUGGUGUUUCGUCUAUCCUAAUUGAUGAGAACCAUCCUCACCAGAUUGACCGUGGAGUUUCGGUAAUAAGUCGAGUCCCGAACUGCACGGUCCUGACUUGGUAAUGGGCCUGGAUGCACCAACCUACUGCUCAUAUUGCGGCGUAUAUUAUGAAAUCUGUCAUUGCCACCAGUACUAAACGGUAGCUGCUUUAUCAUUAUUACUGCAGCGUUCAGUUCUCUUCAGCAGAACUCCCUACUGUCGAUGGCGGAGCUAGGCGAUCUACUGGAAAAAAAGUUAUCGUUAUGAUAAAGGCCAACUGUUGCUCCGCCACUACGCGAAUUCUGGUCAGUAAAGUCUCCCAAUCUUUCGGCAUUUAUCGCGACCUUUGACGAGACUGUAUUCUGUC